GGGCGGGCAGAGGAAGUGACGCAGGCCUCGGAGGUUCCCACCCCCCUCUCCCACCUCCCCAGGAGAAGAGGAAGAGGAGGAGGAAGAAGCCAGAAGCGCGUUCUGUGGGUCUCGGAGCGGAGCCCACCAUGGCAACCCCGGCCAACGCCCAGAGCGCCAGCAAGACCUGGGAACUCAGCCUCUAUGAGCUGCACCGGACCCCGCAGGAGGCCAUCAUGGACGCCACGGAGAUCGCCGUCUCCCCGCGGAGCCUGCAUAGCGAGCUGAUGUGCCCAAUUUGCCUGGACAUGCUGAAGCAUACCAUGACCACCAAGGAGUGUCUGCACCGCUUCUGCUCCGACUGCAUCGUGACGGCCCUGCGCAGCGGGAAUAAAGAGUGUCCGACAUGUCGCAAGAAGCUGGUCUCCAAGCGCUCCCUGCGGCCCGACCCCAACUUCGACGCCCUCAUCUCCAAGAUUUACCCUAGCCGGGACGAGUACGAGGCACACCAGGACCGGGUCCUGGCCAAGCUCAACCGGCUGCACAACCAGCAGGCCCUGCGCAGCAGCAUGGAGGAGGGCCUCAAGAUGCAGGCCAUGAACAGGGGUCAGCGCAUACGGAAGCACCCCCAGGAGUCAGACAACACCACCUUCAGUGGGGCAGAAGACAACUGCGACAGCCGUUCACACCUCAGCAACGUCUCGGCCCCCAGCCAGCCUGAGGCCGGGCCCAGCCGCAAACGUUUGCAACUCUCAGACGAGUCCUGCCCGGAGCCAGAGACCUCUCAAGAGGGGGGCAGGGGGAGCCCCGAGCCAGGAGCCGAGCCCAGCAACAGCGAGAUCGAGCUGGUCUUCCGGCCCCACCCGGUCUUGGUGGAAAAGGGGGCCUACUCUCAGACCAGGUAUGUCAAGACCACGGCUAACGCGACGGUGGAUCACCUCUCCAAAUACCUGGCCUUGCGCAUCGCCCUGGAGGAAGCCCCUGUCCCCGGCCCCGAAGCCCCCGGCCUGGAAGCCGUGAGCGAGAAGCAGUACACCAUCUACAUCACCACGGCUGGGGGAGCCUUCACGACGCUGAACGGAUCCGUGACGCUGGAACUGGUGAACGAGAAGUACUGGAAGCUGAGCAAGCCCCUGGAGCUUUACUAUGCCCCCACCAAGGAACAGAAGUGACCCCUGAGCGCCCAAAGCAUUGGACAACAGCAAGAGGGGGGUGUAGAGGCACUGGCUUCGCAUCCCCCCAUGGGGGACUCUCCAAGGCUGCGAGAGGAUCUGGACAAGGAAGAAGGCGCUUUGCAGGGGGGAGGGAGUGCCUAGCUGCAGGAGCCUGAAUGGCUGACGCUGGUCCCCCAGCCCAAGUCACAGCUCCUGCCCCCUUGCCCCCAUCAAGCCAAGACUGAUGCCCUCAGGAGGAGGGGGGCUACCCCUCUGGUUUUGGCACCCCCUCCCCACAAUGACUGAUGCCCCCCUGUUGGUGUUGGGCCGGUGUAUGGGGGGGCAGCUCCUGACAGGGUGGGGGGUGGGGGCACUGCUUGGAUCCGCUUUUCCUUUUUUGGCCUUUUUGCAGCUGUUUUUGUGGAAUUGAAUUCAUCACAGAACUUCUGGCAUCUUUGUCGGGCCAUGUCUGGAGCCUGCCCCCCCUUGCUGGGCGUGGGUGUCCGCGUGCGUGUGUGGAAUGAGCAAGGCAACCCCACCGAUCCAAAAGUGGGUCCUGGCCUAGGAGACCCCCACCCCCGGCCAGGGGAGCAGAGCUGGGUGCAAGAUCCAGCAAUGGGGCAUCGUUGUGGCCCCUUGGGAUGUUGUGGGACUCAACGCCCAGUAGCGCAGGUUUCUUGGGGGGGAUAAUGAUGAUGGGACCUGCAGCCCAUGCUCAGCUCAAGGGCCACAGGUGUCCCUGCCCUGGGGGGGAAUUCUUGACCCCCCCUAACACGUGACUCUGCCUACUUCCCUAGCAGAAGGAAGUUCCCAGUUCAGCUGGAUCUGGGGUAAGGGCCAUGUUGCUCAGUGGGCAAUGCACCUUCAUUACAUGCAGCUGUUUUGGUCCAGGCAGGGCUGGGAAUGACCUCUGGGAGCUGCUCCCAGUCAGUGUACACAGUACUGAGUUAGAUGGACCCUGGGCCUGCCUUGGUAUAAAGUGCAUGCCUCUGUUCCUCCCCGUAGAGUAAUGGGGGGUGGGACAAGACAGGUGAGCCGAGGACUGUGCCUCCUGCUGGGUGAGGCCACGGAGCCACCUGGCCUAGCCCAGCUCUGCCCCAGACAGCAAUGGCUUUCCAGGCCCUCAGCCCCUUCCCAGCUCUUUUGAGUUGCCAGGAUCUGUGCUGUCUUGGGGAAGGGCAGUAUCUCAGUGGUUAGAGGAUCUGCCUUGCACGCAGAAGGUCCCAGGUUCAAGACCCGAUGGCGGCAUCUCCAGGUAGGGACCCCAGAGAGCCACUGCUGCCAGUCAGUGUGGGUGGUACUGAGCUAGAUGGUCCGAAAGGUCUGACUCUGCACGGGGCAGCUCCCCAUGUUGUGCAUGAUUGCAAAGCGGGGGGGGGGGCUCUGCCGCUGAGCUCUGGACCCCUCCACAAUAGGAUUGACCUUCAGAUGUUGCUGAUUUGCCGGAGGCGUCUAUUUUCAUGCUGGAAUUUGCGUAUUUGACAGCUUUCAGAACAUGUUUUGCAGUUUCUUCUCUAAAUCUCUGGUUCACUAAGAAUUGCUCAGGAAAUCCCUCAAUUUCCUUACUUUAAGGCUGCAAGGAGCAGUGAAGGCCUUCAGCCCACAGACCCGCAAGGACCAAGUUGUGGGGAGCUACACACUCGCGCUUUCUCUCUGCAUGGGGCUCUGAUGAGAGUUCAAAGCACCUGGAGGGCACCAGGUUGGGCUACGCCAAGAGACGGUGCAGAUGUUUUCUUUCCAGCCUAGAUGUGGGCCAUAUUUUUUUCUACCCAUUAGAGAAGAGCUUGUAAUCCCAACUUCAAUUGCCCCACACCUAAAGGGAAUGCCCUAGGAUUUUGGACUCGGGGGUCCCCUGGGAUGCAUGUGUGGGGCUUUGAACCCACGGCUGCCUUCUGCUGAGUGAGACCUUUGGUCUAUUAAGGCCUGGAUGGUUUUCCGAAGGGCAGCCCGCUCUCCCAGGGUUUUGUGCAAAGGUUCCUUCCACCACCUGCUGUCUCAGGGCUAUUGCAAGCUCUGGGAAGCUUCAAGUUGCUAGGUCUCAAGGAAUUUAGAUUUUUCUUCUCUUGCACAUCCUGGUUCCCUCACUAUUCAACAAAGACCAGCGGUAUUUUGCUGCAGCCAACAGGGAUUUAACGAAGAGGUGUAGCUGGUUAAAAGCCCCUUUGGUCACUCUGUUUGAACUCUUGGGAGUUCUCUGGUUGAAACAACCCAGGAGGUUUCCCUUCUCAUCCCCCCUCCCUCCCCCCUUGCUGUGUUAAAACUGGACAGUUUGAAUUAACUAUGCAAUUAAAAGUUCAGCUGUG